AUGCCGGUGAAAUGGGUAGAAAUGUUCAAGUUCAAGAAACAGAUGGACAAAGAGAUAGAGGAUGCAGAAGCAGAGCGACUAAAUCCGGAUAUUGAUAUUUAUUCAGCAGUGAGUCCCCUCGCCAGCCCCGCCUCAUCUGACAUUCGCUUAGAAGAAAUCGACCCCGACUGGUGGAAUGCGAAUGCACACUGGGCGAUCGCUGCCAUUGCUGGAAUCAUGCUUCUUCUUUCUGUUUUUGUGACCCUUGGCUGCCUGUAUUACUUGUACAGAAGAGAUCGCGAAAGUGGGGACCACUCUUUUCAACUUCCGCUGGAUGUUGUCUGCGAGCAGGACGAUGACUGA